ACUCUGCCUCCCGUGGGCGGGUCCCGGCAGGUUUACAGGAAACAUGAGUAUGAGGAAGUACAAGUUUUUGAGAUUUGUUUUGUCGCCAGAUUCUCAGAACUAGAGCGUUCAAAGUUUUAAACUCGGUAAAAAAAAAAAAAGAGCGGAUCCACACUGUGUUCAAAGACACUCAGGUGUGAAAGAGUGUGAAUGAACGCUGGCUACGAAGUCUAAGGACCAGCUGAAGCGGCCAUGAAUCGAGUCCCCCUGAAGCAGCAGCAGAGCUGUGGGUCCUGGGAGCUGAAGGAGCGGCUUGGGACUGGAGGUUUUGGGAAUGUCACAAGAUGGCAAAAUAAGGACACAGAGGAGCAGGUUGCUAUAAAACAGUGCCGUCAGGAGCUGAGUGAGAGAAAUAAAGAGCGAUGGUGUUUGGAGAUCCAGAUCAUGAAGAGGUUGGAUCAUGUUAAUGUGGUCGCAGCGAGGGAGGUUCCUGAGGGAAUGCAGAAACUCGUGGCCACCAAUGACCUGCCACUGCUGGCCAUGGAGUACUGCCAGGGAGGGGAUCUGAGAAAGUAUCUGAACCUCUUGGAGAACUGCUGUGGAAUGAGGGAGGGCUCCGUUUUGAUUCUGCUACGAGACAUUUCAUCGGCUCUAACCUACCUCCAUAAGAAGAGAAUCAUCCACAGAGAUCUGAAACCCGAAAACAUUGUGCUGCAGCAGGGCGAGAAGAGAUUGAUCCACAAGAUCAUAGAUCUCGGCUAUGCUAAAGAGCUGGACCAGAGCAGCCUUUGCACGUCAUUUGUGGGAACACUGCAGUACUUGGCUCCAGAGCUCAUUGAGAGGCAGAAGUACACGGUCACUGUGGACUAUUGGAGCUUUGGGACUUUGGUGUUUGAGUGUAUUACAGGAUUUCGCCCCUUCUUACCAACCUGGCAACCAGUUCUCUGGCACAAUAAACUGAGAUUGAAGCAAGAUGAUGACAUCGUUGUCUAUGAGGAUCUGGCGGGGGAAGUCCGCUAUUCCAAACAUCUGCCGCAGCCCAACAACCUCAACAGUCUGUUGUUAGAGAAGCUGGAGAGGUGGCUGCAGCUGAUGCUGAAGUGGUCUCCUCAGGAGAGAGGCAAAGACCCCGAAGCCACACCCAGCAACUGCUUCUCCCAGCUGGAGAUCAUACUGCAGCUCAAGCUGGUUCAUGUCCUGAACAUGAUGUCCGCUAAGAUCCUGACAUACUCAGUCUCGGAUGACGAGACUGUUGCUGACCUGCAGCUGAGGAUCGAAAAAGACACCAACAUCCCUGCGGCCAACCAGGAGCUGCUGCUGGAGGCAGGAUUAGCCUUGGAGCCUCAUGGACUGGCCACGCAGUGCGCCAUAGAUUACACAGAGAUAGACGGGCGACGGACAGACUUGCCUCUGGUCUUCCUGUUUGAUCGCUCCUCUUGCAGUUAUGAGCCCCAGUUUGCACCUCGAAUCCUCCCUGAAAACAUCCGCUUUGUCCAAACGGACCCUAAGCACCUCCUGGCUUACAGCCCCCUGAGGAGGACUUGCGGCCAGGCAUGGCACACAAUCCGCUCCCUGAAGGAAGACUGGCAAAGACUGCAGCAGGGACAGAAAGCUGCCAUCAUGAGCCUACUGAGACACAACUCUUCACUGUCCAAACAGAAAAUUGAGAUGGUGUCUAUGUACCAGAGACUCAUGGCCAAGCUGGACUUCUUCACCACCAGCCUUCACAUAGAUAUGGAUAAAUACCAGGAGCAGACAGCCACCGGGAUCGCCUCUGAGAAACUCCUGGGCGUGUGGAGAGAGAUGGAGCAGACUGCUGUGAGCUGUGGUCAGGCCAAGGUGAGUGAACUGGAGGAGGAGAUGAUGCAGCUACAGCCAGACAUAGUGGAUGUGCAGAGACAGCCAUGGAGGAGCGGGGAGGCGCUGGACACACUUGAAGGAAAGGCCAUGGAGCUGUUCCGCAAACUGAGAGAGAAACCCAGAGACCAGCGGUGCUCAGGGGACAGUCAGGAGGUGGUGCGUUUGGUGGUUCAGGCUGUGCAGUUCUACGAGAGGAAGCUCAGAGACUUCUACACACACCUCAGUAAAACAGCGUUAUGCCGUCAGCGCGUGAUGGAGCUGCUGCCAAAGGUUGAAGGUGUGGUGCAGAGAAUGGCAGAGAGCGAACAAGUCCUGAUGAGUCUGCAGGAAAAACGACAGAGAGAGCUGUGGAACCUGCUCAAAGUCGCCUGUAGUAAAGUUCGCAGCCCGGUAAGUGGGAGUCCUGAUGGAUUACGAACCCCUUCUUCAGUACCGCCUCUACUGACGCCCAGACACAGUUUACAGCAGUUUGAUGAGUCUCUUGUGGAGGAGAGCAGGACAUUCGAGAGUCGUCUCCAGAGUUUGCUGCAUGACACCAUCCAGGAAUCAGACAGCAGUAUGGAGAUGCUGAGGGAGUGGACGUGGCUGCGUGGAAGCCAGAGUUUUUCCAGUGACCUCUCGUAAAUUGGGAUCCAGUGUUUGCUUACUCGCUGUACUCUACUGCCUCUGUGUGGAUGGGAUGUCGAACUACAUUGAGGUUGUGUUGGCAGCUGUUCUGUGGAUGUCACCGUUUAUGAGCUAGUGAUAGCUGCUGGCAGAUAUUUGCUUUGUGAGAUUAGGCAGUGAAGGUAAACAUACUCACGAGUCCUGUCUGACUUUGUAAAACAGAAAAAUUAUAUCCAGUCUGUAGAGCACUGAAGCAAAGUCUCUGAUUGUGAUAAAUAUCAGAGAAAUGAAAUAAAGCAAGAUUAUUUAUUUACCAAACUGUAGUUUCAACAAAACAGGUAAUGCUUUUAGGUAAAAAUUGUACUUCAUCAUGCCCAGAUCAAAAGAAACCUGUUUUUAAAAUCUCAAACAUAAUUUCUGUGCUACCAAAAUGUUAUGUCGCUUUGUGUCAUAUGGGACUUCUAUCAGGAUCAUAUUUUAUUUUUAAGAUGCAUGUACAUCCAGCACAAGUAAAAAAAUUGGGUUUCAGUUAUAUUCUGAAGAUGUCUUGGACUUGAAUUGUGCACCUAAAUGUAAAUGUUUUCUAUAUAUGUCUCGUUGGACCAUCAUUUGUUAUCACAAAUUUUAAUUUAGUAAGACAAUCAUUAAUGGGAGGCUACCGCUAUAUGCCGAAUGACUGUAUGAAUGUGAUUAUUUUUUUAUUUAGGUGGACACAAUAACAGUAACACCUGUACAAUAUGAUGCGUUCCAGUAGCCCUGCAGUAAAUACCGCUUUGUUUGGACGUUAUGACAUUAAAUCAGAGGAAAGACAAAACAAACAGAAAAUCUCACCAGUAUCUGAUGAUUUAUAUAGGUGAUGUACAAUCUAAAACCUGAUUUUGAAACAUUUCAUUUAACCGAGACAAUGAAACAUUAAGACACAAAACUGGGUCAGAUAUUGUAGCUAAAGUGUGGAAACUGCUACAAAGGUGAUUAACUCCGUUUUAAUAAUUUGCUCUGUCCGUUAUAUGUGAAUCAGUGUGUGCUGGAUAUCAUUACUACCGCUUCACGACUUCAUGAUUUGGCUCCUAAGCUGCACCUCUUGGAGAUAAUGUACUCGUCUUAAUCCCAACUAUUGGAACAAACCUUUACUGCAUAUAGAUUAUAUACACAAAGUGAUGGGAGAUGUUACAUGUUGUGCCUGUGAUAUUCUGUUGUCUAUAUGUGUAUUGAAUGUUUGAUAGCUGUUAAGACUGCAAUAGUGUCAGAAAAUAGACAUUUCAUGAUUUUUAAACAAAGUUGAAUUUUGUAUCUUGAACACAGUGUUUUAUUGUACUAAUUUGACUACUUUCUGUUUUUCUGGGAAUGAUGUCAACCAAAAAAGAAAAAAAAAAAAAACACCAGAAAAAAUACAUGACUCGUACAGAUGAAUGCUGAUGAUAGUGUUUGACAUUUCUUUAUUCCAUUAAUUCAAUAAAAUCAGUUUGAGGUCCUAA